AUGUCGCAUUUAAUCCACGACUGUGUUCAUGUAUCCCCCCCCCCGCCCCCCUCCUCAUUUUUUCUGUCCUCAUUUAUCAAACGCAAACACAGAUUUCAGACAGCCUGUCUUGACUGGGAAGCAAAUGUGAUGACGGUUGAUGACGACAGCAAGAAUCAUGAUGAGUGAGGAAGGAGGGACGCCGCGCCGCUUGUUGAAGUGAGGCGAGCACAAGACAUCGAGUUGGGAGAUUUGUUGCAGGCGGCGGGACUCCUUUGCGGGAAAAUGGCAAACGGGUCGGACACCAACGCCUCGGCCUGGCCCCGCCCCACGGUCAACACCUCCUGUCAGUCUGCUGCCCAGGUGCUUCUGGUCACCGCGGUAACGGUGGCGCUGAGCGGCGUCACCGUUCUGGGUAACUCGCUGGUGCUCCUCUCCGUCAAGGUCAACCGCCGUCUGCGUACCGUCAACAACUACUUUUUGCUGAGCCUGGCCACCGCCGACCUCCUGGUGGGCACCGUCUCUGUCAACGUGUACGCGCUCUACGCGGCAUGCGGCUCCUGGCCGCUGGGAGCCGCCCUCUGCGACCUCUGGCUGGUGGUGGACCACGGUGUGAGCGCCGCGGCCGUCUUGAACCUGCUGCUCAUCAGUUUGGACCGCUUCUUCUGCCUGACCCGGCCGCUCAGCUACCCACUGCGGCGCACGGGCAAGAUGGCCGCCCUGAUGAUCGCGCUGGCUUGGCUGCUGUCCUUCGCCCUGUGGACGCCCGCCAUCCUGUGCUGGCAGAGAGCUGGGGGCGAGCGCCUGGUCCCCGAACCCGAGUGUUACCCGCGGUUGCUUGCCAGCCCCGCGGUCACUCUCGGGACCACCCUGCCCGCCUUCUUCCUGCCCGGCUUGGCCAUGGUGGGUCUGUACGGACACGUGUCUGCCACCAGCCGGCGGCGGCUGAGCGCGCGUCGCCGGCCACCGGGGGACUGGGUCGGGACAUCCGCUCCUUCCCUGCGAGGCGAGGUUACCGGUGACUGCUCGUACCUUGAUCGAUUUCGGAGGAACGGAGCGCGAGCGUCCAUCGGAAGCAACUCAUCCGAGUUGACUGCCUUCUCGGCACCUCCGUCUUGCACUGGCAAGAACCACCACGACGACAACUCGGCUCGCUCUCGACGAUAUCAGGCGGCCUCGGCGGCGUUGUCCGCCUCCCCCGCGCCGUCGUCCGCCCGGCGUCGAGUCGCAGUCAGGGAGAGGCGGGUGACGCGCACCAUUCUGACCAUCCUUCUGACCUUCAUCCUCACCCGGGCGCCGCACAACGCCAUGGCGCUCGUGGCCGCUUUCUGUCACGUGCGCAUCCCAGACUUCCUGUGGCAGGCGGGCCUCUGGCUGGUUUACGUCAACAGUGCCGUGGACCCCGCUUGCUACGCCCUUUGCAGCCCCACCUUCAGGAGCACCUUCCGCCGCCUGCUUCUCUGCCGCCGCCCCGACCCGCCCAUGUAAAGGUCAACGGGGUCGUCAAGGAAGGUUGAGAGGCGUCGCUUCUGAGCCGACGUAGUGAAGCUGAGCAAUAGCCCGGGCUGCCGUUACAAACGUUAGCAACAGGAAAUGACGUCAUGCCAA